AGAUGGCUUUAAUGUUCUGACUAAGAAAUGGCAUGCAAAAGUAAGGCAAGAAGAGAGAGAGAUUGGUGGUGGAAAUGAAGAAAUUAGAGGAGUUGAAAAACUGGAAGGGGAGAAAAAAAAGACAACGGAGAUGUGGGAAAGAGCCAUGGAGAAGUUAAACGUGACCAAAAAGAGGCACGGCGAAACAGAAAAGAGGAAUUAUAUUUGGCCAAUCGAUGACUCCCCUGAGGUCUGCGUUGGCCGCAAUACUUCCCUUGAGACAGAGAUUUCUAGCGAAAUUCCUCACUAUACAAUGAUGUGGAAACACUAUACCAAACCCAUCACAACAACUGAGCAUUAUACUAUGAAAAGAGCAACUCUGUAUAUAUAUAACGCCUUACCUAUUCACUCUGGAAUGUACCGUGCUAUUCUCUUUAGUAAGGAAGAUUUCAAGAAUUUGGGUACCGCCACGUUUCAUCUAAAAGUUUUUGAUGUACACCUAAACGUUCUGGUCGAGAGCCCUGUUAUUAUAGAGCGUGGAGGCAUAGCCAUAUUGAAAGUUAACAAAUCCCAGGAGGGAGAUUUACUAUGGAUGCAUGGUGAAGAAAUGGUGCAAGGGUCUGAACCGCACUACACCUUUGCGAAUUCCAGUAAAACUGAGCUGGAAAUUUAUGACGCAGGCCCGGAGCAGGCAGGAAUUUACGAAGUUUUAAUCAAAAAAGGCAAAUGUCAGAUACUUAAAGAAAUCGAAGUGCGGAUAUUAGAAUGUCAUACUAUCACUGCAGGAAAGUUCGUCGACAUUUGGCCGAUCAGCCGUUUUAACGACGCCUGUGUUGGUGAUAAGGUUUCCUUUAAAAAUGACAUUGUCGGCGAUUUUUAUGGCUUUAAACUUCUUUGGACACAUGGCUCCAAACUCAUUGUGCAGGAAAAUGAAAAUUAUUCCCUGAAGAAAAAUCACACAGUGUUGGAUGUACAUAACAUUUUACCUUCCCUCGCUGGAGACUACUACGCCUACGUUGUUACAAAACAGGAUCAGUCAGUUGAGGACAUGUUUGAUUAUUCUUCAUUUCAUCUGAGAGUUCACGAUGUCGACUUGAAGACUCUCGUCGAGAGUCCCGUUGUGAUGAAGCUUGGUAAUAAAGCCACCUUGAAAGUCGAGAAAUCAGAGUUGGGCACGUUGGUCUGGACACAUGAUGGAGAACUCGUUGAUGGCAAGAAC